GCAAAAUGGUUCUUUAAAUUGCAUGCGCUUCUUUUUCAAAAGUGAAGUAGCAGUUAGUCAAUGCAACUUUCAACGCUCAUCAUGGGUCAUCCAGAAACAGCCGCUCUAUGUUCUGCAUACAUCUGACCCCCCUUGCCCCAAAAUGGGUGGGAGCCUUUGAGGCACUGGGGUAACGUUGUUGUUGUUGUAUAUUUUUUCGUUUUGGUUACGGUUUCUUUCAGAUCAGAUAUGGUUCGGGAUAUAAUAUGUUCGGGUACAAAAUGGUUUGGAUAGAUAUCAUUUUGGGUAGAUUUUGGUUAGGGAAGAUUUCAGUUUUGACAGAUACCAAUAUAUAUUAGCUUGGGAUAAAAGAUGAAUAUUGGUUUGAAUAAUCUGGGGUUGGAUUAAUAUUAAAAUUGAAUUGAGAAGUCCUCUUCCUCUUGUCGAGUAAAAAUCUUCUUGAUUUUCUUUUUAAUCUACUUCUCACUUUAUUCAUGUUUAGAGUUAAAGAAAGAAGAAAUAUUUUAUUGGUGAAAUGUAGAGAAGGAAGUUUUUCCGCCAAAGCCAAAAUCCUUAUGAAUGCUUUGAUUUAAGUUUCUUUAGAUUUCAUUAUUGUCAAUGCUUUCAUUUGGAGUUCACAUUACCUUACUUUUGUCAAAGGAGGCAUAUAGUUAGCUUAUUACUAAUGACUCAUGAUUCAAUUUUGGGUUUGAUUGGUUUUGGGUUUAAUCCUUUUCGGCCUUAUCGGUUUGGGGUCUAAUUCGAGUUUGACUCUAUUUGUUUUGGUUUGGCUUGGGGUCAUCUCAGGCUUUGGUUAUUGACCGGGUAUUCAUUUUUUCGGUCAUUUCGGGUUCAAUUCUGGUUUAUUCAAUUCGGGUAAUUUGUUUUGGGUCUGUUUUGCUAGGUGUACUAAUAAUGCAUUCCAUAUCUUAUCAUUGUAUUUGAAAAUAUGAUUUGUGGGAUUGGUGCUGCAGGAUGCACAUCCAGAUUACAAGCUUUUUGGCACCAUUGUGCAUUCAGGCUUAUCACCAGAUUCAGGACAUUAUUAUGCAUACAUUAAGGAUGCAAUGGGCUAUUGGUACUGCUGUAACGAUUCUUAUGUCUCGCAUUCAAGCUUGCAAGAUGUUCUUUCAGAGAAGGUUUAUAUUUUGUUCUUCUCCCGUGCUAAACAUAGGCCACCAUCUGUGAAUAAAUGCUCGCCAUAUAAUGGUUUGAAGAAUAAUGUUACCAAUGGCAUUGGUAAAUCUGAGAUCCCCAAAGGCCUUUCAGAAAAUCCUGUAAAUAUUAAGCAGCUUUCUGGUCACCAGCCAGAGAUAGAUAACUCAGCUAUUUUGGAAGUCGAUAAAGCUCCAGGUGUCUUUGAAAAAGAUAACAUAAAGAAGCUGUGUUCUCCUCGAAAUAAAAAAGUUGUUGCUAAUCAAAUAGAGUCUGGAAAAAAAAAUGGUGCUCAAAGAGACUUGGUUCAUUCACCUAAAGCAGCAAGGUUGUCACCACAUAGAAAUGGUUCUAGUAAAACUAUUGUCAAUGGAAAGACAACAAGAUCACCUUCUUUAGCCAAUGGUAACAGUAAUCUCGAGACUGUAACAUCUGAUAUCUUAGAGGGUGGACUCUGUAAAGAGAAUGGUCAUAGCGAUAAAGAGACUUCUAACCAAAAGGAGUUGCUUAAUGGUAAUGUGAAAUCGUUGUCAACUAACUCAAGUCAAAAGAGAAAAUCGCCAGAAUCAAGUGUUCUACUAUCGGGGGAUGCUCACUUCUCAUUGAAGCUGGAAGCAUUGAAGAAAGAACUGAUGAAAGAAGCGUCCUCGGUGCUGCGAUCCUGUGGCUGGACUGAAAAUGUCCAUACUUUCAUGCAUGCUAAGAAAAAGAUGCGUGCACAAGGAGUCAGGAACACAUCAGAUUAUGAUGAGGAAAAGAGGUUUUUGAUUGCAGAUGCCAAACCAACUUUUAUUUCGCAAAUUCCCGAGUCAUUGAAGGCUAAUCUUAUUAACCGUCUGAAAUCUUUUCACCAAAACCACAAGCACACAACCGCUACUUGAGCUCUUGGUCCGUAAAAGUGAAGUGACGCGCAAAACAUUAUAUAGCUAGUGAUGCUCUGCUUGUACAAUACAAAGAAGAGAUGGCAGUGGAAGAGAGGUGAGAUUUAGUUUAGUUAGCUUUUUUCUAUGAAUAUUAAUUACGGAAUACUUUGCUACUGAACGAGUAAAAACUGCUGAGAACAAAUGGUGAAAGUUUGUUAUGUUCUUUAAAAAAAAAUUCUGACUGUUUUUUUGACAUUGCUUUACAUAAAGGAUUUAUCUGGCGGCUGUAUUACAUAAAGGAUUUAAAACUGAUUUUCAUUAGCAGCUACUGAUUGAUACUCCGUAUGAAGUGAGAUUAGAAUACUGAAUC